AUGACGGGGAAAGCGGGGGAAGCGCUGAGCAAGCCCAAAUCCGAGACAGUGGCCAAGAGUACCUCGGGGGGCGCCCCGGCCAGGUGCACGGGGUUCGGCAUCCAGGAGAUCUUGGGUUUGAACAAGGAGCCCCCCAACUCCCACCCUCGGGCUGCCCUCGACGGCCUGGCCCCCGGGCACUUGCUGGCUGCACGCUCUGUGCUCAGUCCCGCAGGAGUGGGCGGCAUGGGGCUACUGGGGCCUGGGGGGCUCCCCGGCUUCUACGCGCAGCCCACCUUCCUGGAAGUGCUGUCCGACCCGCAGAGCGUCCACUUGCAGCCGCUGGGGAGAGCGUCGGGGCCGUUGGACACCAGCCAGACGGCCAGCUCGGAUUCUGAAGAUGUUUCCUCCAGCGACCGAAAAAUGUCCAAAUCGGCUUUAAACCAGACCAAGAAACGGAAGAAGAGGCGACACAGGACAAUCUUUACUUCCUACCAGCUAGAAGAGCUGGAGAAGGCAUUCAAUGAGGCCCACUACCCAGAUGUCUAUGCCCGGGAGAUGCUGGCCAUGAAAACGGAGCUUCCAGAAGACAGGAUACAGGUCUGGUUCCAGAACCGCAGGGCCAAGUGGAGGAAACGGGAGAAGUGCUGGGGCCGGAGCAGCGUCAUGGCGGAGUACGGGCUCUACGGGGCCAUGGUGCGGCACUCUAUCCCCCUGCCAGAGUCCAUCCUCAAGUCCGCCAAGGACGGCAUCAUGGACUCCUGUGCCCCGUGGCUGCUGGGGAUGCACAAAAAGUCGCUGGAGGCUGCCGCGGAGUCGGGGAGGAAGCCCGAGGUGGAGCGCCAGGCCCCGCCCAGACUGGACAAGAUGGAGCCGGAGGAGCGGGGCCCCGACCCUCCAGCGGCCAUGUCCCAGGAGGAACUGAGAGAGAACAGCAUUGCCGCGCUCCGAGCCAGAGCUCAGGAGCACAGCACCAAAGUGCUGGGGACUGUGUCUGGGCCCGACAGCCUGGCCCGGAACGCCAUGGAGCCCGAGGAGGAGGAGGCCAUGGACGAAGACAGGCCCACGGAGAAGCUGAGUCCGCUGCAGCUGGAGGACAUGGCUUAG